AUGGUUCUCCGAAAAAAGCCUUUUCCUUUUGAAUUAAUAACGGAUGAUUUGAUGGACAUGUAUGCCUAUUAUAAACAAGCAACAAUCGGAGAUUGUCUUUCCAACACAAAACCCUAUUGGUUUCAAUUUAAUGAAAAGAUGAAAUGGGAAGCGUGGAUGCGAGUGAAAGGGAUGAACUCUCUUGAAGCAAAAAAGCAAUACUUGAUCAAAAUUUUGGAGUGUAUUGAAGAUGAUGAAAGUGAAGAGUUGAGCGAUGAGUGGAAAAACUGGUUAAAAACAGUGAAUAAUCCAGAAGAUCAAAACGUGUGUAAUUUGGAAACAGAUGAUGAUGUCAUUUCAUUUGCCUUGGUUAACAAACUUUGUACUCCUCCCGUUGAAGGGAAGUCUUCUGUCAACGAAGAUAUACCAUCACAACCACCAGGUGAAGUGGAAGUCAUCAAAAUUGGUGACCUAAAAACUAAGUGCGUGGAGCUUGAGCGAUAUUUGAUCACUGAAACUCAGAAAUUACGAAAAUCAAUAGAAGAAAAAGAAAACAAAAUUGUAGAACUUGAGGAAUGUUUUAAAGAAUUGCAAAAUCCAAAUCAUUCAGUCGAAGAAAUUCGAGAAAUAAUUUUAUCAACAUGCAACACGGACACCAAACAGCUAGUAGAAAAUAUCGAAGCGUCAUUUUCAUUGUUGACAAAAGCAGUUGAUAAGACCAACAAACUGAUUCACUUUUCUUAUUUGACAAAAAGACAAAAAUUUGCUCUGUUCAUAUCAAUAAUUGCGUUCUUGGUUUUGCUGACAUGCACCAUUGUUAAAUAUAAGGAACACUUAAAACUUCCUAUAUCAGGUCUUCGAAUAAUUCUAAAUGUCAUGAGAUAG